GUAGCGCCGGCAUCGCCAUCCGACGGGCUCCGACUUUUACGCACAUGCAGCAGUGAGCGCGUGUGUUUGCGUGCGAGCGGAGCGAAGGAAUGGACUCCAGGCUGCUGAUUGGACCCGGCGUGCCCACGCCGGACCCGGCAACUCUGGCUCCGUGGAACAGGAGCUCCGUCGCCCCUCCGCACCGGCUCGUGGAGCUGGUGCCGGUCGCCACCGUUGCGGCAGCGGCUCCAGGUCACGCAUUCCCGACGGUAGACGUCCCCGACCACGCUCACUACACCAUUGGGGUGGUUAUUCUCGCCGUGGGCAUCACUGGCAUCCUGGGAAAUUUUCUGGUCAUCUAUGCUUUCUGCAGAAGCCGAAGUCUGCGGACACCGUCCAACAUCUUUAUCAUCAACUUGGCCUUCACAGACUUCUUCAUGUGUCUGACGCAGUCACCCAUCUUCUUUAUCACCAGCAUGCAUAAAAGGUGGAUCUUCGGCAAGAGAGGCUGCGAGUUGUACGCUUUCUGCGGCGCCCUAUUCGGCAUCUGCAGCAUGAUCACGCUGAUGGUGAUCGCGGUGGACCGCUACGUGGUGAUCACGCGUCCGUUGGCCUCGCUGGGCGCCAUGUCUCGCCGGAAAGCGCUGAGCAUCGUGGCGGUGGCAUGGCUAUACUCCAUGGGCUGGAGCUUGCCGCCCUUCUUCGGCUGGAGUGCUUACGUCCCUGAGGGUCUGAUGACAUCCUGUUCAUGGGACUACAUGACAUUCACACCCGCCGUGCGCUCCUACACUAUGUUGCUCUUCACUUUUGUCUUCUUCAUCCCGCUGUCCGUCAUCAUCUUCUGCUACUGCUGCAUCUUCAGGGCCAUCCGACACACUACCAGCGCUUUUGAGAAGAUCCACUGCGAGGGCACCAGAGAGUCAGCCAAGAGGUUCCACAAGAUGAAGAGCGAGUGGAAGAUGGCCAAAAUCGCGCUCAUUGUUAUCUUGCUCUUCGUCAUCUCCUGGGCACCUUAUUCCUGUGCUGCGCUCACCGCCUUCGCUGGGUAUGCAGACCUUCUGACACCCUACAUGAACUCCGUCCCAGCAGUUAUCGCCAAAGCGUCAGCAAUCCACAACCCCAUCAUCUACGCCAUCACGCACCCCAAGUACAGGUCAGCCAUCAGCCGCUACGUGCCGUACCUGGGGGUGCUGCUAUGUGUGCGGGUACGCGACCGCUUCAGCAGCAGCAGUUUUCAGUCCACCCGCCGCUCCACGCUCACCAGCCAAUCGGAGAACCACCGCCACGGCAAGCCCCGCCACUCCUCGCAGUCGGACAGCGAAUCAGUGAGUGUCGCUCGGGUGUCCCUACGGCCCGCUUCUCCGACAUGGACGAUGACAGCUCCUUUCGAGCGUCCGCUAACCAUCGCGGGUCCGGUGAUGUUAAAUACUCGCGGCGCUCCAGCCAGAGGUUAAAGGUAAGGAGAAGUGUCAUAAAUGUUCUUCUGAAAUAACUCCAAAUUCUUCAAAUUUUUACUCCAAACUCCAUCUUGAAGAAUACUUUGACUAUUCUAUUGCUUAAAAUCAGAUUCAGAGAUUCAGAUUCAUGCCCAAGGCCACAAUUAACUUUGGUGGGUUUUUCUUUGAAAUAGCAAAAAUGUGAUCGGGUGUUAGGUGUCGCUGAACGAAUGAAAUCAAGUCACAUUGCUCAGCCAGUCCAAAAAUAAGACAAACCUGGUGACUGAAGACAGAAAGUUGUUGUCAUCAAAUAGGACACAUUGCUGAGGGCAUCGAUCACAGGGUUGAACGUGUGCUUCGUUGGUUGUGGCUCACGUCCGCACAACUAUAUUUCAUGCUAAGCAUUUUAAAUAAGCUUUGCACGAUGGGUUUUAAUCAUGGGCAGAGUUUGAUUUUUGUGGGAGGGGGACGGCAAAACAUGUUAAUGACCCCGGAACGCAGUGUCAGCAAUAAAAUUAACUUACAAGAUAUAUGCUCAUUUAGUAGCCCAGCCCAUGCUCGUAAAUAUAAACUUCGCAGCUGUGUGUGUGUGUUCUAGGGGUGUGACAAAAUAUCGAAAUGGUGAUAUAUCGUGAUACUUUGUAUCCCAAAAGGUUAUCGAUAUGCUACUGUCAACAAUCGAGAUAUAGUUUUAUAAAGGGUUUCAAUGUUUAAAAAAAUAAUAAUACUAAUAAUAAAAAAGACCCAUCAAGUUGCUACUAGGGUUGUUCUGAUCAUGUUUUUUUGCUCCCAAUCCAAUCCCGAUCGUUUCAGUUUGAGUAUCUGCCGAUUCAAUUCCAAUCAUUCCCGAUAAUUUGUCCCGAUCAUAUACAUUUUGGCAAUGCAUUAAAAAAAAAAAUGAAUAAAACUCGGACGAAUAUAUACAUUCAACAUACAGUACAUAAGUACUGUAUUUGUUUAUUAUGACAAUAAAUCCUCAAGAUGGCAUUUACAUUAUUAAUAUUCUUUCUGUGAGAGGGAUCCACGGAUAGAAAGACUUGUAAUUCUUAAAGGAUAAAUGUGACUUUGUAUAUU